AUGCAAUUGAAGCAGCAGGAGAGCAGCGGUGGCGCGGAUGUCACCAUGACUGAUGCGAAGAACGACCGCGAGCAAUUCACAAAGCAGUCCUCCAGUCUGCCGUUCGGCCAGCUUGUGUCACUAGACUCGAUCUCCGGACCUACAUAUGUCACAGGUCAACUACUUGUCCAACAGGUUGCCUACAAGCUUUCCGACAAGAUCUUUUCCUACUCCCCCGAAACCUUCGACCUCGACGUUGCCGUGAAGCAUUGGGCCGAAGCCGGGGAAAAGAACAUACACGGUUACCCCACCAAUGUGUUGCCUCUGCAGACCCGUACAGGCGCUGGCGCAUUUGCUCUUGGUUACAUCUUCUCCAAGGAUUUCGACUUGAGUAAGAGGCACAUCCCCCAGACUCUGUUGGCACCUUCCUUGAGUCUGCGCCACUUGCGCUCGUCUUUGGAUCAGCUCGCACUUCUUUACGGAGUUGCCAGCCCUUUUGUCGCCCACAUUGCCGCAGCAGACUAUUCCUCUGAUGCCGGGCUUGUCAGCGAAUAUGGCACUGCCUUGCAAGUCGCUGAGGACCUGGGACUGGGUCUGGUCUCGAGCACUUCUGCCUACGAGGCUCAACACAUUUCUCUGUUCGCAACCUUGAUGGCCAAGUUGCUCCCUACCCUUCACAUCUACGACGGCGUCCGAGCAUCUCGCGAGACAUUGCGUGUCAUCGACGCGCUCAGUGAGAGCGGGAUCGCAGACGUCUACAACAAGAUCUCAAAGGCUGCAGACAACUUGAACAAGCGUCUCGAUGAAGCCGGCAAAGUCGCUGAACUAUUGAAGGCCUUCAAUGGCGAACUUGGCACUGACUAUGAGCUAUUCGAGUAUAUUGGAGACAAGGCAGCCGAAACGGUCUUCGUUGUUUUUGGCAGUGUCGAGUCUCAGCUUGCCAAGCAGAUCGUCGAGGUCCUCGCCUCCAAGGGUAUCAAGGUGGGCGCCAUUAGUGUUCGCGUGUACCGGCCUUUUGUGGAGGAAGCUUUCCUCAAUGUCCUCCCUGAGACUGUCAAGAACAUUGCAGUUCUUGGCCAGGUCAGCAAUGCUACUGCUGUCGCCGAUGUUUCGGUUCAGUCGGCACUUUACGCAGAUGUCCUCACGGCUGUAUCUUUCGCCGACAAGUGGGCCUCCGCUCCGUCAGUGGUUGACAUGAAGUACCCGGCCUCUGAAGUUUUCACACCAACCAGUUUUGCUUCUGUCCUGUCCAAAUUCAUUACCAAGGAUGCUUCGGCCGAGGUCAGCUUCGAAGUCCCACAACUCGAGGGCGUUGGGCAAUACGUCUUCUUGGACGUUGAUAAUUCCGUGUCUGUACAUGCGCCAACAGUCAUUGGUGGACUCCUUUCUCGCGACUCGGCCAGCAAUGUCUAUGCAAGCGAGUCUUACGACAACUUGCUGCAGGGGGGUCUCAUCCGAACGGACAUCCGCACUUCUCAGAAGUCAAUUGAUGCCCCUUAUGCCGUUGAAGAAGCUGAUGCCGUCUUCGUCAAUGAAGAGAAGUUGCUGAAGGAGGUUGCAUCCUCCCAAAGUGUUAAGACUGGCGGCAAGCUUAUCGUCAGACUGCUCAACUUCAAGGUCGAUGAAAUUGAGAAGCGCAUUCCUGCUGCCGUUCGCAAAGACAUCAAGGAGCGUGACAUCGAAUUUUACGUCCUCGACUCUACGGCACAUGAAGACGCUGGCAGGUUUGAGAGGCUUCUGAUUGAGCUUGCCUUCCUCAAGGUCGCCAAACCUGACAUGAAGCCUGAGGUCCUCCAGAAGCUUAUUGCAAUUGAAGGCAACUCACCUACGUUUGAGGAGAGCGCUGCUGCUCUCGAUAAGUCUUUGAGCAAGGUUGAUCUUCCAGAGGCUGUCGAGGAGACCACCUCUUCGCCCUUGCCUGUCGCCCUAAAGAUCAACAGCUUUGUGCCAUUCGAGAAGGAGGAAUCCGAACCAGAGCCUGCUGUCAGCGACUGGCAAACAGCCGCAAAGGGUGUUGUUUUUAAGGAGGCCUACGGAACCCAAGUCAGCCUUCGCCCAGAGCAGACCGUUACGACUCACACCAUUACCGUCAAAGAGAACCGCCGGUUGACCCCUGGUACAUAUGAUCGUAACAUCUUCCACAUUGAAUUUGACCUUGGCAACUCCGGACUUACCUACAAGAUUGGCGAGGCACUCGGUAUUCAUGCCGACAACGAUCCAGAACUGGUCCAGCAGUUCAUUGAGUCGUACGGCCUCAAUGGUGACCAGCUUGUCCAUAUCCCCGCCCGAGAGGCCGGUUUUGUGGAGUCGCGCACCGCAUUCCAGGCUCUUCAGCAGAACAUCGACAUCUUUGGCAAGCCACCCAAGCGCUUCUACGAGGCAUUAUCGGAGCUCGCCACCGAUGAGAUAGAGAAGAAGAAGCUGGCUGUCCUUGGCGCUCAGGAGGGUGCUGACGAGUUCAAGAAGCGCAGCGAAGAGGACACCAUCACGUACGCCGACAUCUUGGAAGAGUUCACAUCUGCCAAGCUCUCUUUCACCGACAUCGUCCGCCUUGUUGGUCCUCUAAAGCGCCGUGAGUACUCCAUUGCUUCUGCCCAGGCUGUGACGCCAAACGCAGUUGCUCUCAUGAUCGUUGUCGUCGACUGGGUCGACCCCAAGGGCCGCCAGCGAUAUGGUCAAGCCACUCGCUACCUCAGCCAACUUCCAGUUGGUACACAAGUAACCGCAUCCGUCAAGCCCUCGGUUAUGAAGUUGCCCACUCGCGACGACGCGCCGCUCAUCAUGGCUGGUCUCGGUACGGGUUUGGCGCCUUUCCGCGCCUUUAUUCAAUACCGCGCCAUGCAGAAGGCCCAAGGCAAGAAGAUUGGUGACAUCCUUCUAUACCUCGGUUCUCGGCACAAGCGGGAGGAGUACCUUUACGGCGAGGAGUGGGAAGCCUACCUGGAUGCCGGUGUCAUCACGCACCUUGGCGCCGCGUUUUCGCGUGAUCAGCCACAGAAGAUCUACAUUCAAGACCGCAUGCGCCAGUCCAUGGCUCAGAUCGUUAAGGCAUAUAUUGCUGACGGAGGUUCCUUUUACCUCUGCGGUCCUACUUGGCCUGUGCCCGACGUGACAGAAGUGCUUGAAGAGGCUAUUGCGACAGAAGCCAAGACGAGUGGCAAGAAGGUCGACGCGAAGAAGGAAAUCGAGAGGCUCAAGGAGGAGGGCCGAUACGUGCUCGAGGCUGCCUCAGAUUCACAUGGGGACGACGUACAUCUAGCGGAGUCGAAUUCCGCCUCUCCGCCCACCAGUCAAGCUCAGGAUGCUCCCAACCAGGCCGUGUUGGGUGGCCAUCUCACCAGCAACAACACGGAUAGUCUGGUAAAUAUGACUCAUAUCGAGCUUUUCAACCAUUUCAACGACAUCAUCAACCCUCUGUUCGUCGGUAAGGACCCCGAACUUUGUCGUGACUAUCUCAAGAACUAUCACCAGGCAGCCUUUGCAGGUACUUACCUGAUGCAUGAAAUUCUUGCUUUCGCAGCAAAGCAUCUCAGUCUAACAGAAACGGCGCCGAAACCAAAGUUUUAUGCAGACCAAGCUACUUUGCUUCAAACGAGAGCCUUGACUCUAUUCAGUGCAUCUCUUCAGGAGCCAAAGCCUGGUACUAUCAUCGCCACCUUCCUUUUCUCCAGCCUCCUAGGCACCCAUUUACUUUCAGACACUAUCGCGUUGCAACACGCAGAUUUAGGUUCCUUUCUUGAUGCUUUUGUUGGUUAUCUUAAGGUGUAUCGUGGCGUCAGGCCGAUUUUUGAUGAGUAUAGACAGUUUCUCCUUAACUCUCAUUUGCAACCCUUUCUCGUUUGGGGAUGGAACCUCAGUACGUCAAAAGGCGCCGGGCUAGAAUGUCAGUCCAUCCGAGAAAUGAUCUCCCGAGGAAGCCUUGACGAUUCCGCUAUGGAGGCAUAUACAAGAGCCAUCGAUUUGUUGCAGACUGUCAUUGAUGGAUACAAAAACCGACCAUCAUUUCCUGGCCCAGCGCCAUGGGUCACCGUAUGGCUGUCCAUGGUCAAGCCAGACUACACCGAGCUUUUGAUCGCGCGACGACCCGAAGCCUUGGUGAUAUUUGCGCACUACGGAGCUAUGAUUCACUGCUAUCACCGAGACCUCUGGCUUGUGGGGGACAGCGGGAAGCAUAUUAUCGAGCUUGUGACAAAAUCACUCGGUCCUGUAUGGUCACCGUGGCUGAAGUGGCCUCACGAGAUACUUGAGUUUUCACGUGGCUUCUUCACAGUGAUCAGGGAUCCGACAUAA